CUGCUGGGCUCUGCCGGGCGCUGGCGGCUCCGUGGCGCUUCCUGCCACGCCGGGCCUGCCUGGGCCGCACCAACGCCGCUCUGCCGAGGCCGCGUGUCCGCCGUGUCAGCCGCCUCCCGGUGCGGGUGGGACCUUACCUGCUGAGCUAGUCUCUGAGAAUCGUUCUGAGACAUGAUGAGCCAUCCCUGUGUGUCUCUUUUGGCUUCACCUGCUCCCCAGGGUCUUGCCCUUCCCCAGGACGGAGCCCCAGGAAACCAGGUCCUGGCAGUCCCUCUUGAGACGCCGGAGGCCCAGGAUUUGGUGACAUUUGAUGAUGUGGCGUGCUACCUCACCAAAAGGGAGUGGCUGAGGCUGGACCCUGAGCAGAGGGCGCUGGCAUAUUAUGGAAACGUGACCUCCGUGGGAGCUCCUGUUUUGAAUCCCGCCUUUGUCUCUCACCUGGCGCAAGGACAAGUGCUGUUCGUAUCAGACCCAUCCAUCCACACGGCCCCAGCUAAGUGCUCUGAAAGCACCUGGUUGACCCAGCAGCAGAUGAUGGGAGAAGACACCCAGCCACAGGAGAUGGCAUCCACAAGCUCCCCAAGGGCCGGUGACCCCAGCCCUGAGGUCAAACAGAAUGGGGAUUCUGAGGGGAAGGGAGGGAGCCCACAGAAUGUGCCUAUAGAACAUCAUUUUGCAUGUAAAGAGUGUGGGGACGCCUUUCGGCUUAAAGUCCUCCUCGUUCAGCACCAGAGGGUCCACAGCGAGAAAAAGGGCUGGGAAUGCAGCGAUUGCGGGAGGGUCUUCAGGGGCGUGUCGGAGUUGAAUGAGCACAGGAAAAGCCACGUGGCCGCAGAGCCCCGGCCUGGCCCCAGUUGGGCCCUGGAAGAUGCAGGGGAGAAGAGGGAGCAAAUGGAGAGGGAGGCGAAGCCCUUCGAGUGCAAGGAGUGCGGGAAGCGGUUUAAGAAGAACGCGGGCCUUAGUCAGCACCUGAGGGUGCACAGCCGUGAGAAGCCCUUUGUCUGCGACGACUGCGGCCGGUCCUUCAAAGUCAACACCCACCUCUUCCGCCAUCAGAAGCUUCACACUGCAGAAAAGCCUUUUGCCUGCAAGGUGUGCGGCAGGGAUUUCCUGGAUCGCCAGGAACUGCUCAAGCACCAGCGGAUGCACACCGGCCACCUGCCCUUCGACUGCGACGACUGCGGCAAGUCCUUCCGAGGGGUCAACGGGCUGGCCGAGCACCUGCGCAUCCACAGCGGGGCCAAGCCGUACGGGUGUCCGCACUGCGGCAAGCUGUUCCGGCGGAGCUCGGAGCUCACCAAGCACCGGCGCAUCCACACAGGCGAGAAGCCGUACGCGUGCGGCCAGUGCGGCAAGGCAUUCCGCCAGAGCUCCAGCCUGCUGGAGCACGCGCGCAUCCACAGCGGCGAGCGGCCCUACGCAUGCGGCGAGUGUGGCAAGGCCUUCCGUGGGCCCUCCGACCUCAUCAAGCACCGGCGCAUCCACAGCGGACUGAAGCCCUACGCGUGCGACAAGUGCGGCAAGGCAUUCCGCAGGAGCUCGGGCCUGAGCCGCCACCGGCGCAUCCACAGCGGGGCCAGGCGCUGCGAGUGCGGCGAGUGCAACCGAGUCUUCAAGAGGCGCUCGGCGCUGCAGAAGCACCAGCCGAGCCACCACGAGUAGGGGAGCCCAGCCCGCGGCCAGCCGGGGGGUCCCGGAGGGCAUGGCACAGUCAAAGGAGAUGAACAGUUUUGUAGCGCUUAUAUAUUUUGUCGUCUGAAAGAUUGAGACCAAUUUAUACUGCCACCAGCAAUUUCUAAGUGUACAUGUUUCCCAUUGAGGCCAUCGAGAGUAGCUUUUUCCAUUUUAACUUAGUUUGGCUAGUUUAACUGGCAGAAAGUACCGUCAGGGUAUUGAAAUCCGCCCGCCUUGAAUCCCGGAUGGAGAGAAGAGAAAGCCGGAUGUGGAGGUGCGGAGGGGCUGGAAGGUCAUCUACCCAAGCUCCCCCACCCCCAAGGAAACAACGAUGGCGUCAAUAUAAUGUGAUCCCAGCUUUCCCCAAGAGAAGAUUGCCCCAAAGUAUUUUGGCCGACUUGAAUUUAUAAAUUUUUAGGGAUGCAAAUAGAACAUUCAAAUGUCUUGUAAUAUUUAAUUUAUUAAUUUAGUCAUACAUACAUAUUAUAAAUCACAUAUUAUAUAGAAUAAUAUAUUAAUUUAGAAGAUACUCCUUUUUGCCACACUGUUUCAUGAAAUCAUUUUAUUCUAACUCCUCACGUGCAUUUUUGACCUCACCGUCUUCACCAGCAUGGGAGACCAUUGAGUCAUCAGACAGUAUCAAAGCACAUCCAGUGACUUCCAUCCAAGCUGUGCACAGUAGCGCUGUGACAAUCCCUGCAUGAGGCUCUCAUUACAGAUUUCCUCCUGAGCCAUAAGGACAUAUUUGCAUAACAUUAGGACAAUUUUUAACUUGCCCUAUAACUCUACAACAUAAUCACUUGAGGUAGUUCUUUUUCAAAUGACCUUUCAAAGGCUUUUUAAGAAAUGUUAUUGUGAGGUCAUACUCCUAGUAAUAAUUACUGAAUCUUGGCUUAAUGUCUUGUGUCCUUUUUCUUAAACCAGUUCAAUCUGGUGACCCCUGUACAUAUCCAAAACUAGCAUCAAUUGGGGUUGCCUUGGGCUAAUGGGUCUUGUCCUCAAGCAGCACCAUUUUGUUCUAGAUAAAGUGGUUGAGACCACCCCCCUGAUAAGAGAUAAGUCUCAAGGACUGGAGUUUAAGGCGACUGAUCCUUUUUGGAAACAAGAGCCUCUCAAAUCAGGCCUAGAUGGCACUUCUCCAACCCUCCGUUUCCAGCUCUAUAAAAUGGGGCGGUCACAGUACCUACCUCCUAAGGCAAUCACGAAGACUGCAUCCUGCCUGCAGAGCAUGGAGGUACACACACUCAGCAAAGGCCAUCUGCUGUCAUUGUCACAACCAUUGCUGUCAUUCUAUGGCUCAUUAGUACCAGGCCUCCUGACUGCUAGUCUCAUCCUCUUUCUCUCAUGUGAUGACUUUAAUACUGUCUCUGUUUUGUUGCAUGCAGAUUGCAAGUUCAUCUCCUUUGACUAGUUAUCAAGUUACCUUUGGAUAUAUUGACGUUAUAUAGCAGUUCUUUCUAUAUUGAUUGUGAUGUUCUCUUUUCCAAUUUUAUUGCUUUGCUCUUUGUAGCAGUUUUAUUACAUUUUUGUUGUACAAGUUUUUAAUUUUUACAUAUCCAAGCAUUCAUUUUUGUCCACUAAGUCUUAAUUUUCAUUGCUUCCAUAGUUAGAUAUGACAUUUUCUUCUAGAAUUUUAAUUACAAAUGAAAAGUUGAGACCCCUGCCCAUCGGAGGGUGGAUGCACCAGAUGGGCAGGCCAGAUGGGAAUGGGCCGGAGAAGCAGGCUCUUCCCUCAUCCAAGAUGCAGACUCCGUGUAAUCUGUGGGCAGCACUUGACUAUCCAACCUGGCCGCUCAGGUACGCCGGAGAUGUGUCCAUCACAGAUUGGCCAGAGCACUCUGACUGUCCAUCAGUAUAGCCUCAGCGGCCAGGAGCAGGGCUUGGCCUCAUCUAGCUCAGUGGGGUGGUCCAAACUUGAUCUGGCAGCAGCCUGGCCAUCCUUCAAGCUCCUGGGAGCCUUGGCAGUGCCCAGUGUGGAUUCAGUGACUGAGCAGCAAAUGCACCCAAGAGACAUCUUGGACACAGAAGACACGCCUGACUUACGUCACGUGGACCACAUCCUCCUCCCAGCCAGUGACUCUACAACUAGAAAGAGAUCCAUUUGGUGGCUUCUGCUUUGGGCAACUAGGGGGCAAUUCACCAACGUGUUCUGGAGUCACUUCCUGCAGCCAAACCUAAGAGGGGCAACAGAGCAGAGGCUCAGAGAGGAGCCACGCCCCUCUGGUGGCCUAUGUGUCAUGCUGAUAGAAGCUGGCUGUACUAGGCCUGGGCUUCGAUUUGCAGCAGCCGUGCCCAGGAGGGGCACUAAAGCAAAGGUUUGGAGGGCAGCAAUGCCCUUCUGAAAGUAUGUGUAGCAUAGAAUAGGAGCUGGUCAUCCCGGGGCUGGGCUGUCAUUUCCAGCAUCCUUCCCCAGGAGGAACAGCUGCAAGCGCUGGCAAGGAACCUGGUCCCUUCAGUGGCCUACAGAGGCUACAGAUAGAAGCUGGCCACACCAGGGCUGUGUUGUGACUUCCCAGCACCUGUGCAGGGAGUCUGUAGGGGCCUAGAGAGGAAGUGUGCCCUCCUCAUGGGCCCACCAGGCUCAGCGCCAGCCACAACCCAGAAGGGCUUCUCAGGCUCCUUUCCUUGGAAGCAAGGUCUGAUAAUGACCCUUGUGACCUCGGCCAGGAGGUCCUCACAAAUGGCCCCCAGGCCACCACAGUGGCCCUGUGCAACAUCUCCAUCCUGACCUCCAGGCUGGAGAGAAUCCAACAGCACUUGUUACAUAGCUAUUCGUUUUGCUCCUUGGGCCUCAGUUCUUGCGGUAGUCGUGAAUCUGUCUGAAGUCACUACUUUCUUCUCUGAUCAGUCUUCUCUUUUCAAACUGUUCUGAUGUGUUUUGUACAGCUGUCAUUUGGCAGUGAAUGUUGGCAUCUACCAGGGGCACGUCAACACCUUUACCUAGAAGAUCUCUGCCAUUUCUUGCCCGUUCACUCAUCGUUUCUCGGGUUUUACGAAGGAUCCCGUUGAAGUCUAGGUACAGCAUUAACUCGGAACGUGGCACAUUCAUCACUGCUUCCAUCUAGGAUGCGAUGUCUUGGCAUCCCUUCCUGCCCUCCCUGACCUUUCCCCAUUUCUGGUUUUAUGAUUUUCUUUCAAACGGAUCCUCUUUUAGAGUUAACACUAAAGAUCGCGUCUUUUUUGUCAUGGUCGACGAACAGCUGCUCGUGGUGUUUGCAGUGGAAUCUGCUCUUUUCAAACACAGUCUGUGGCUUUAACGUGUGUACUGUAGUUUUGCCAUGUUCAUUUGUUGCCUCUGGUAACUUGGGGUGGAUUUCCUUGGAUUCUCUAGGUAUACUGGUACGGCAGGUGCAAAAUGUGACCCAGCUUCCUGUCGUGUGUACUCAUGUGUGCAUUUGUGUAUCUACCUCAUUGCGUUUUUCCUUCUAAUCACACAUAUUCCUGUCGCGACCCUGGCUCCCACCUGAGAUGGGUUCUUGUCUUACCGAAUUAACAAAGCCUCCGUUGAUUUUAUUAGAGUUUUGAAUACUUGCUGAAAUUUUCAAAAGAAAGUAAUUGUUUACCAUUUUUGCUGCUUAUUAUGAUUAUUAAUAACUGUGUCGAUUAGUUGUGUCAUCCCCACUCUUGCAUUUCCAGAAUAAUCCCCUGCCCAGUCGCAGUGGCAUCUUCCUCGCAUAGUAUCGCAGUCCAUGUGCUUGAUUUUGUGCUAGAAGUGGCACAGCACCUGCCCUGCCCACCACCCGGGCUGUGGCCCUGUUGUGUACUAUGUGACUUGCCACCCCUCUUCUAGGCCACAUUAAUGAAACCAGAAUGGAACACCAGACCCAAGGGCAUCAGCCAGUCAUCGGAGCUGGCAAGAGACAAACUGGGCCUUUCAGGCCUGU